AUGGAAGAAGCAAAACUUAACAACUCCGUCACCUCCACCACCAUUGAAGAAAUUCAUCCUGACAUCCUUAAUCAAGUCCUCAACCACCUUGACGGCACAUCGCUCGCUUCGGUGAACUCUGCCACCUCUUACCUCCGUUCCAUCUCGUCCCAUCCUGACCUCUGGCGCUACCUUUGCCUCUCCACAUGGCCAUCCCUACAUCACCCUCGCAUCCUCCCUCUGGUCAACUCCUCCCCCCACCGCUUCUUCUCCGACGUCUUUCCCUACCCCACCUCAUUCACACCAACCAACAAUGCCGACCUCCCCGAUGAACUCAUCUCUGCCGUUGAUCUCUACAAGAAUGACAUCCCAAUAUCUUCAUUCGUUCUUGAGUCUGACACCUCCUCCCCGAAUCCUUUAUUCCACAUUUCUCCUUUCGUAAUCAGUGGACCAGAUAUUGUAACGGACGUAUUGCCAGAAGAGCUGACAUUGAGCUGGAUCGUGAUAGACCCGACGACAGGACGGGCGGUGAAUUUAUCGAGCCGAAGGGCGAUGGUGGUGAGGCGGCAUUGUUUGUGCUGGGAAGCGGUGGCGCGAUUCACAACGGCGAGAGAUGGGUGGGUAGUGGGAGUGCUAGUGAAGUGGUGGGAUGAAGGACUGGGACUUGUUGAGUUGCAUCUAACUAUAUGGGACGAGGGUGGUGCGCCUGUGAGCUAUAUGGAGGGAUUGAGAGUCGUGAUGGCAGCAAUGGAUGCGGAGAGGAAGGCGUUGGGAGAGGAAGAGGCGAAUGAGGGAUAUUUUGAGUAUUACGACAUAAAGAUAAACAAAGAAGAG